ACAUGUAGUUUAAAAACAGCUGAAGCGCUGUAAUGUCACUCAUUCCCAGGUCGGCUCUCAACCCAUUUACCGGCGCAGGACCAAUGAGAGCGCGGGAGGGAGGGGCCUAAUACAACUUUCUCCCGUGCGAGGAAUGUGUGAGAGACAAGCGCUGUCAGAGAGAGUCCCGGCUGCUUUACCUCAAGUUCUGCCUCCUGAGACCUAUCGCACCCAGGAUAUAGUUAUUGGUUUAGUCCUACGUGCCCGGGCCAUGUCACAGCUCAUUGACUGAUAUUCAGCAGAAGCCACAACUGCUAAGCAUGGGGAAGUCGCUGGGAGGAUGGACUGUCCUGCUGCUGCUGCUGCUGCUCUUACUUGUUGUGGAGCCAGUGACAAGCCAGAGUGUGUGUUCUGGAACAAUGAAUGGUCUCAGUGUGUCUGGUGACUCAGACUACCAGCUCUCCACCUUGAAGAACAUGUACAGCAAUUGCAAUAUUGUUAUGGGCAACUUGGAAAUUGUACUAAUUGAUAACAAUGGGGACUUAUCCUUUCUAAAGUCCAUACGGGAGGUGACCGGAUAUGUUCUGAUUGCUGUCAAUAUUUUCACAUACGUGCCACUCGAAAACCUACGUGUGAUCCGAGGGGCCCACCUCUAUGACAAAAAGUACGCUCUGUACAUGUCGCUCAACAACCAGAUUAAUGGCUCACUGGGCAUCCAAAAACUUGGCUUCCAUAAGUUGACAGAAAUCCUGGCUGGUGGAGUUCACAUAACCAAAAAUGAUCACCUGUGCUUCAUUGACACCAUUGACUGGAAAGACAUUGUGCAAGAUUCUAACGCAACAAUUGAGAUCAAGGAUAAUGCAAUAGACUGCAAACCAUGUGACCAGGUGUGUGAUGGAAAAUGUUGGGGACCAGAGAUGACAAAUUGUCAAACAUUUACAAAGACCAUUUGUGCAGAGCAGUGUAACGGACGUUGCUUUGGCAAGAACCCUACUGAGUGCUGUCAUGAUGAGUGUGCUGGGGGCUGCACAGAUUCCUCAAACCUGAAUUGCUUUGUAUGUCGUCAUUUUAAUGAUAGUGGGGCCUGUGUCCCACACUGUCCUCAGCCACUGAUUUACAACAAGCUAACCUUUCAACUUGAACCCAACCCAGAUGCCAAGUAUCAAUAUGGAGGCUCAUGCGUCAAAAGUUGCCCUCGAAAUUUUGUGGUUGAUCAAAGCUCCUGUGUACGUGCGUGCCCCAGUAACAAAAUGGAAGUUGAAAAAAAUGGAGUUAAGAUGUGUGAACUAUGUUCUGGGCUAUGCCCUAAAGCCUGUGAGGGGACCCUGUAUGGAGGUGCAUACCAGACGGUGGAUUCCAGUAACAUUGAUAAGUUUGUUAACUGCACUAAAAUCCUGGGCAACCUGGACUUCCUCACUAUUGGAAUUGAUGGAGAUCUGUGGAGAAACAUCACAGCUCUAGACCCCAAAAAACUAACUGUCUUCAAGACAGUGAAAGAAAUUACAGGGUAUCUGAACAUCCAGUCUUGGCCAAAGAGCCUGCCAGACUUUGGUGUGUUCUCCAGCCUCAGUACAAUUGGUGGCCGGACUCUGCAUACCCGGGGCUACUCACUGCUUGUGAUGAAAAACAGCAACGUGACCUCAUUGGGAUUCCGUUCACUUCGGGAAAUCAGCGCAGGCAAAGUAUAUAUUGCUGAGAAUCAAAAUCUCUGCUAUUGUGACACUGUGAACUGGAGAUCUUUGUUCCCAACAACUCGCCAGACCACUGAAAUCAAGGGAAACAAGAAGAAGAACAAGUGUGAGGAGGAAGGAAAGGUAUGUGACCCUCUCUGCUCUAACAAUGGAUGCUGGGGUUCUGGACCGGACCAUUGUUUAUCGUGCAGAAAUUACAGCAGAGAUGGAGUGUGUCUUCAAUCCUGUAACUUCACUAACGGAGAUGAACGAGAAUAUGCCAAGGCAGGUGAAUGCCUUAAGUGCCAUGAAGAGUGUCAGAAAAUGGAGGGAAGGCUGUCUUGCAAUGGAUCUGGUCCUGAUGCUUGUGUGCAAUGUGUUAACUAUAGGGAUGGUCUACACUGUGUGAACCAAUGUCCUAAUGGGAUUUUAGGAAAAGACAGACCAAUCUUCAAGUACCCCGAUGCCAACAAGAACUGUCAGCCAUGCCAUGAAAACUGCACUCAUGGUUGCACAGGACCUGAACUUAAACAUUGCACUGGAAUUACUGACCGUUUGAUUUCAAGUAACACUCCCACGGUGGUGGUAGCGGCAGUAGUGUCCACCGUCUUUGUCCUGUGCUGCUGUGCCCUGCUUGGUACACUUUACUUUAGAGGACAGAAAAUCCGCAAGAAGCGAGCAAUGAGGAGAUACCUGGAGAGGGGUGAGUGUUUGGAUAUGCUGGAUCCUUCAGAAAAGGCCAACACGGUGCAGGCACGACUCUUCAAAGAUACAGAACUGAAGAAACUGAAGAUCUUGGGCUCCGGCGUAUUUGGCACAGUGCACAAGGGUGUCUGGAUACCAGAUGGCGACUCAGUCAAAAUACCCGUCUGUAUUAAAGUUAUAAUGGACCGAACCGGUCGUCAGACCUUCCAUGCAGUUACUGAUCACAUGCUAGCCAUUGGAAGUCUGGACCAUACCUACAUUGUGCGUUUGUUGGGGAUUUGCCCAGGCUCACAGCUCCAGUUGGUCACGGAAUACCUGUCUAUGGGAUCAUUGCUUCAACAUGUGCGCAAAAACAAGGACUCUGGCACCAUUGGCCCUCAGCUCCUUCUUAACUGGUGUGUGCAAAUUGCAAAGGGUAUGUGUUACUUGGAGGAACAUCGAAUGGUUCACAGGAACCUCUCAGCUCGGAAUAUCCUCAUGAAAAGUGUCAAUCAGGUGCAGGUAUCAGACUACGGUGUAGCAGACUUGCUGUACCCAGAUGACAAGAAGUUUUGCUACAAUGAGAUCAAGACUCCUGUAAAAUGGAUGGCUCUGGAAAGCAUCCACUUUGGGAAGUACACUCAUCAGAGUGACGUAUGGAGCUAUGGUGUUACUAUAUGGGAAAUGAUGACAUUCGGCGCAGAGCCAUACACAGGGAUUCGUUUGUCAGAAGUUCCUGACCUCCUAGAAAAAGGGGAGCGGCUAUCCCAACCACAAAUAUGCACCAUUGAUGUCUACAUGGUAAUGGUAAAAUGCUGGAUGAUUGAUGAAAAUAUUCGCCCUACAUUCAAAGAACUUGGAAACGAAUUCACCCGCAUGGCUAGGGAUCCCCCUCGCUACCUGGUUAUUACGCGGAAUAGUGAUUCAUUGCAAUCCCCACUCCCAGGGGAUCCACCACCUUUGUCUGAGAAACAAGUGAGUGAUCUGGAAUCUGAUGUGGACACUGACCUUGAUUCAGAAGACAUGGCAAUGCAGCCUGUAACUCCAACUACCCUUUAUACCUCACGACAAAGAAUUGACUACUCUAGGAGUCAGAGUGGACUAAGCUCUAUCGCUGGGUACCUGCCUAUGAACCAGAGCCUUUGCAGCAUCUCUCGAAAGGGAACAAUGACUUGUGCAGAACCAAUCCCAAGACAGGCGACACGCAGAAGAGAAGACUCACUUGGACGAACAGUAUCAGAGUCAUCAGAAGGCUGUUGUACUUCUUCAGAACUGGACACAAUAGAGGACAAUUCAUAUGGCGGAGGGAGUCUGAGCCGCAGUGCCCGCUCCCGCCUUGACAGUGCAUACCGCUCCCAAAGAGAGAGCCUCCUUGAUGGAACCCCUGACGAUGACAGCGAGUAUAUCAUGCCAGGGCUCAGUCAGAGUGAAAUAUCACAAGAUGGAACACUAACAUCCCAAGGAUCUAGAUCCCUGACUCCACGCCUGGCCAAUGCCACUGAUGAAGAAGAUGAAGAGUAUGAAUACAUGAACAAAAAGAAGCCCAGCUCAAAAGAGAAGCUAGAGUACGAAUAUAUGGAUAUACGUGGGACAGGAGAUACAAGCAAUGAAUGCUUAGCUUUCUCCCCUGCAGAUAGUGACAAAGAUGGAGAUUAUGAGUAUGGGAACAAGGAGGAAUAUGAGUACAUGAAUGAGAAAGGGAAAUGCACAAGCAGGGAAAGCUUAGAAGAUGGUGACCUGGAAGACUACACAUAUAUGAACCGAAGUGGGAAAGUGAAGGAUGAAACUAUAACUGAGGAUAAACAGGGCUAUGAAGAUAUGAACUUGGUUGCCAACCUGUCCCAGCAAUUGGACAUGCCCACAGUAAUUCCACAGACCUGCCAUAGAGAGGCAUUGCAGAAAGGGUACCAUCAACCUCUUAGGGCUUUAGAAGCCAAAGACUGUGCAUUUGACAAUCCAGACUACUGGCACAGCAGGUUGUUUUCUAAGACUGACCUACAGAUGACAUAAGAACUGUAAAUGGAAUUGUAAAAAAAUCUAUUUUACCACUAAGCUCCAGGAGAGACUGAAUGACCCCUAAGGUAUCUUUUUAUGUUCUCAAAAGAGAAGCAACAUGGAUCCAGUUAUUUGGUAGAAAGAACUGAUAAACUGAACCCCGUGCAGCGUCACAAUGUUAGGUUCUUCAGAAUAACAGUGGAUUCAUUUUAUGAUCCAGAACGAUGGUCAGGCCUGAUAUAACUUAUAUACAAAUCGAUCAAAUCUCAACCCAACCCACGUCCUGUGACUUAAAGCACUAAAGCAUUUUUUUAGAGGGUGCAUUUUUAAUGAUUGGUUCAAGGGUGAACAUGCACAUUAGGAUUUGGUUUGGUAUUUGGCUGAAUCUUUGCUGGAAGAUUUAGCAUUUGGCCGAAUCCAAUUAUUAUGGCUUUGGUGCAUCCUGCUUCUUUUUACUCCCUAUAGGAGCAGUAAGUGGUUGUCAUACAACAGCAAGGUAUGACAAAACUCUAUCACUUGAUAAAUACUCUAAUGACUCCAAGCAAAAUGUAGCAAUAAUACACGUUAUGGACAGCGACAUGCAGGGUUUUGUCUGUGGUUUUUCCAUUUAUUACAAUGGGAACUAAACUGAUACAACCGCUGAUUAUUUGUCACAGUGGAGAGACCCAGUGUUAGAUACGCCAUUUCCCAAGUGAAUUGGGAAUCUUAGAACUGCAGCAUGAGGGUCUCUGGGUGUUGCUUUGUUGUGAAGGAUUAAAGCAUGGAUAGUGAUAGUCUAAUGAAGCUCUGAUAGUGGAGAAUCCACCAAACUGCACUGAUAAUAUUAUGUGUAAUAUAGCCCAACUUUGUAACACUACAUUUUAUAAGUACUCUGUUUUUAGAGGGAUUCUGUUAAAUGGAUACUGUCAUCAGAAAACAUACCUAAAUACAUAUACGAUACUUAGGGGGGUUACUCAAUAAAAUGUGAAUUUAUCUAAUUGUUUAUAAAAACAAAGUCGACCUAACUAACAUUUAUCAAGAAAUGAGCUUGAAGAAGUCGCGACAAAACCGUGCGACAAUUAGAAUCAUACGAAUUGUCACCCAAAUUGAAUGAUCUUUUCGAGUUGUCUCCCGAAAAGCCAGACUUUAUGGGAUUAUCCAGCGUCGAUCACGAUGUCAAGAAACAACUUCAUUGACUGCUACGUGACUUCAACAGGUUUUAGAUGGAGUAUUUGGGAUUCGGAUUUUUAGCAGCUUUGGGGUAUAAUAAAUCUCUAAGAAUGUGAGGUUUUUGUUUUCCGUCUAAAAAUUCGAGUUUUCGACUAGAAACAAUUGAGGCUUCAUAAAUAGGCUUUAUAAUAUUAGGUAAAAUAGUGAACUUCUUGAAGUAGUAUGACGAAUAUACAUGUACUGUAUAUCCUUUUGGUCAUGUGACUUUCUCUUUUGAUUCUGACAAAAAAUAAGCUCUGACUGAGGCAGAACAAAUUAAAUACAUAAAAAAUAACAUAUAUUAACAAAGCACUAUUAAAGGAGAAGUACAGUUUAUCCACCAUAAUACUAAAACAAAGCACUUCAUACUUCUGCUCUGAUAGUGUUGUGCUUGUCAGGAACCCGCAAAACCUUAACCCACACUUAAAUAGUGCCAUUGUAGGACCCAUACCUGACCCUAACAUACAAAAUAGUGCCAUUGUAGGACCUGUGCCCUUCCCAUCUUCCUGCACCUUAUGCUAUUUCAGCGCACAAUUCUAGUUCCAAGACCAGGAGCAGAGGAGAAGUGUACAGUACUUCCCUAGUCUAACUUGCACCCAACGCAAACAAUCAAUGGCCAUCCAAAUUUCAACCUGACCUCAACCAACUCACAGGUCCUGCACAUAACUACUGAUCAUCUAGUAUUGCUCCUAGAAUUAUUCUUUUUAGUCCAUACUGAAGGGGCUGCAAAACAAGCAAAGAAUGAAAAAUAUACAAAAGAGAAAUAAUGAGGUGACGAUUAUAUCCCCAUCUUUGUUGUAUUUUCUGGUCCACAAGCAAGUUUGCUCAUAUUGUAGUUUUUGUAUGGAAAAAUAUGCUUACCAUUGUCUUUAAAGGGAUUCUGUCAUUAUUUGCAGGGUGUAGUUUUUAUCACUAAAUUACACUGUGUACAUCACAAAUAAUUCAUUCUACCGUUUACAAUUUUUUCAUGAACAAAUAAAUUUAUUUUUUUAAACUGUAAUAAUGGUAACAUGAGGUAGUGGCUAAAACCCACCAAGUUCUCUUUUGCAAUUUAGAAGAUAUUAAAAGGGAAAAGGUAGAAUCGCUGGGCUUGCCAAGUUGUUAGCCCUCUAAUGAAAAUGCACUGGCUUGGGUUCCUUUUCUUUUCAGCACUGAUAUCCUCUAUGCAGCCCUGGGUUAUCACAUGCAUCAUACAGAAAUUCUUUGCUGACUCCUGUAUUGCACAUGAGCAACCACAUCCUGGGGCACCGUUAAAUAUGGUGGCAUAGAAAGGAGAAGUACCAUUGGCUGGUGCAUUUUGGAAAAAGAGGAGACCCAGGGUCUGAUAAAGGCAACUAGAAUCACAGGGGGCUGUCUAACAACUUGGCACCCCCAGGAUGGGGGCUUCAAUGGACAAUAGCAGUGGAUAAGGUCGAAGAGUUGCUUAAUUACAUUACUAAAUGCAGUUCUCUAGUGCAUUGAAUACGUAACCCUAAAACAUAGACAGAUACCAUGUCCAGGUAUCCAUCCCUACAGUUCUUCCUACAAUCUGUGCUUUUCUAAUAUUUUGUAAAAUAUCUUUGAUUGUUUCAAGAGUAUAUUUUUAUAUGUUAUUUUUGUACUGCACAACUGGGCAGUGAAGGAUGUGUUGUAGUAUGUACAAAGGUGCCUUUUGUUUUCCAAGAUGGCUGGAGAUACUGGUGGGAGGCAUGAACAUUGCAGCCGAACUCAUCUUCUCUCCAAUGUGGCCAAUCAUGUACAGUGUUUUAAAAUUAAACGUUUUAUAUUUGUUUUUUA